AUCCUGCUUCCUCCCGCCUCCAAGGCCUCCAUCAUGUCAGACAGCGAGGAGACGACGGAGGAGUACUACGGGCAGGAGGAAGAAGAGGUCGAAGACGAGGAGCAGGAGGAGGACGAAGAGGAGAAGGCAGAGCCCGAGGAGGACAGCAAGUGGCGGCCUAAGACGACGUACGUGCCCAACAUCGCUCCUCCGAAGCUCCCGGACGGCGAGAAGGUGGACUUCGACGACCUGCACCGCAAGCGCCUGGAGAAGGACUUCAACGACCUCCAGACGCUCAUAGAGUCCCACUUCUCCACCCGUCAGAAGGAGGAGGAAGAGCUCCUCGCGCUGCGCAGCCGCAUCGAGCGCCGCCGCUCCGACCGCGCGGAGCAGCAACGCGUGCGCGCCGAGCAGGAGCGGGAGCGCGCGACGCGCCUCGCCGGGGAGAGGGCGCGACGCGAGGAGGAGGCGGCCAAGCUGCGCGCCGACGAGGAGGCCAAGAAGAAGAAGACCUUCACCAACAAGUCGUUCGGCGGCUACCUGCAGAAGGCGGACCAGAAGAAGGGCAAGAAGCUGACGGCGCGGGAGGAGAAGAAGAAGGCGCUGACGGAGCGCCGCAAGCCGCUCAACAUCGACCACCUGAACCAGGAGAAGCUGGCGGAAAAGGCGCGCGACCUGUGGCAGUGGCUCCACCAGCUGCACGCGGAGAGGUUCGAGCUGGCCGAGAAGCUCAAGAGGCAGAAGUACGACAUCCACGUGCUGCGCAACCGGGUCAGCGACCACCAGCGGGGCUCCAAAGCGUCCAAGAGCUCCCGCGGGGCCAAAGGCAAGUCCGGCUCCUGGAAGUGAGGGUCCGCGCAUCACGUCGUUCCCGGACUGUGUCCCAUGCCGGAGGGGGUGGGAGUGGGUUUGGUGAGGGACGGAAGUCGU